AUGUCAGACAGUAUCCUUCUUGAAGAAGAAAUCGAUGACGCUUAUGAGCCAACUGAAGAAGAAGUAAGAGAUUAUGCACAAUGGAUAGGCAUGAAACUACCCGAAGAUGAGCAAUUUCUUUAUAUUGCUAGAGAAGGAAUUAAAGCACCGCUUCCAGAACCAUGAAAGCCAUGCCAAACAAAAGAAGGAGAAAUUUACUUUUUCAACUUUGAGAGCGGAGAAAGCGUAUGGGAGCACCCGUGUGACAAAUAUUAUAAAGACUUAUUUAUAAAAGAAAAGGAAAAAGCUAACAGAUCUUCAAUUAAAAACAGCAAUAAAGAGCCAAAACCAAAAAACUCAGGAAAUUCAGGAAAUAAUAAGCCUAUUAGUAAAAGUCCAGUAGGACUUGAUAAACCGACAGACCCUUUACUAGCAAUAACUCAAUUAGAAAAAAACUUAAAAGAACAGAAAAUAUAUCAUAAAGAAAGAUUUGAAAAUGAGCUCCAAAAUCAAAUCAAAGAUCUGCAAAAGCAGAAAGAACUUGAGAUAAAGCAUUGCAAAGACCAAUUUGAAAGGGAGCUUAAAAAGAAAGUUGAACUAUGGCAAAAAGAGCUAGCGGAAGCUGAAGAAAAUGAGAGAAAGGAAAUAGAAAAAAGGAUUGAAAACAAACUCAGAGAAAUUAAAGAAGAAAAUGCUAAAAUGGUAGAGGAUGAAAAAGCAAAACAAAAUAAUAAAAUCCAAACCGAGCUUGAAACUUUCAGGGAAGAUGAAAAACGAAGACUGUCUGUAGAAAUUGAAAAUGCCAAAAUUAAAAUGGAGUCCGAAAAGAAAAAACUUAUUAAGCAGAUUGACGAACAAAAAGAGCUUCAAGAAAGAUACAGAAAAAAACUUGCAACCCUCCAAGAAGAUUUAGAACAAGAGCUUAAAAGAGAAGAAAGAAGACUAAAUGAAAUUGCUCAAGAAAAGCUACUAGAGCUUAAAAAAGAGCAUGAAUAUCAAAUUUCUCGAGCUCAGCUGAGUGCGAGAAACAGGGGCAACCAAGAAAGUUUACAAGAAAAAAUAAAUGACAUUAAAUUAGAAUACGAAGUCAAAUUAUCAAAGGAAAAGAAAAGCCUUCAAUCUCAACAUGACGAAGAAAUCAAAAAGCUCAGAGAAAUGGCUGAAAAAGAAGAAACUGGAAGCUUAGAUGAAGAGCUCUUUGAAAUUGAAAGAAUCAGAGUUCUUGAUGAUAUAACAAAAAAAUAUGAAAUUUUAAAAAGGGAAGAAAUGCUUACUAUUGAUAAAGAAUUUUCCUCAAAAUUGGAUAGAGAUAAAGAAAGGCUUGAAUUGGAAUAUUCAGAAAAACGAAGAAAAUUGCAAUCAAAGCAGGUUUCUGUUAAAGACUAUUCAGAUCUUGAAGUGAAGAUCCAAAAACUCCAGGCCGAGCUUGCUGAUACCAAAAGCAGAUUAAUUUAUAGAGAUAACGAAAUCUCAUCAAUCCAGGACGAAAUCAGCCAUUAUAAAGAUAGCAUCGAUAAUGUCCGCAGUCAGAUUGACAGGCAAGACGAAUCACUUGCAGCAAAUGCUAAAAUCAAUGACUUAAGAAGAGAGUUGAAUAUGAAAGAGCAGCAAGUAGACAAGCUAAAAGAAAACAGUCCUGAAAGAAUCGAAAGGCUUGAAAGAGAGCUGCGAGAACUCAAAAGAAUUGCUGACCCAAAUUCACGGUUUAUUUCAGAUUUUGAAGAAAGACCUAAAAUAAUAAGCGCAAAUCCACUAUUAAAUCCUCAAAAUAGAGGCAGAGUUAGAGAUAUUGAGCUUAGCGAUGAAGACAAGCUGAUGGAUGAGUGAAGGGCUGAUAAGGACGAAAGCUGGAAUUUAUCAAGAGAUAUCAGCCCUGUCUCAAGAGACCCCAAACGUGAUGAUUCCUUUUUCAAAAAUCCUCUCCGGUAUGAUCCGCCUUAUAACGACCAAUUUUCUCAUAACAGCUGGCUUAAUAUGGGAAAGAGAACUUCAGGCGCUUAUAUGUAUUAA